UUGGUAAUUCUUCAUAAUGACCUCAUCCUAUCAUGGACCGACUGUGCAGCACAGCCAACAGGAGAAUGUAUCUCAAAAGUAGAGCUGCGACUUGAAUGCCGAAAUCUUCUCAACAAAGAUGUCAUGUCAAAAUCUGACCCCUGUGCAGUUUUGUACAUGGCUCGGCGAAAUGGACAGCUUGAGGAAUUUGGUCGAACAGAAAAUGUGAAGAACUCCCUGGAUCCCAAGUUUGCCAAGUUCUUCACAGUGCCUUAUUACUUUGAAGAAGUUCAGAAAGUGAAAAUAGCUGUUGACCUUGAUAACACAACUCCAUCUCUUUCGGAUGAUGAUUUUCUUGGACAGAUCGAAUGUACUCUGGGUGAGUUGGUGUCCAAUAGUCCUUACACAAAACCUCUGGUGCAGAAAAAUGGGGCCAAAGCAGGCAAUGGCAUCAUUAUUGUGCGUACAGAAGAAGUAAAAGAAGGUGGUGAGAAUGUUAACAUUUUUUUCAAAGCCCAGAAACUUGAGAAUAAGGACUUCCUGGGCAAGUCAGAUCCAUAUCUUGAGAUUCUCCGACCAGCCAAAGAUGGGAGCUGGCAGAUUGUAUACCGAUCAGAGGUUGUAAAGAAUAAUCUGAAUCCUAGUUGGCGUCCAGUCAGCCUGUCAGUCAAUUCUCUCUGUGGUGGCGACUAUAAGCAGACCAUCAAGCUGGAUAUUUAUGACUGGGACAACGAUGGUUCUCAUGACCUUAUUGGAGGCUGCACAACUACUCUUGAAGAGUUGACCAAAGCAGCAUCAAAAGAGGUGACAUGGUCUGUGAUCAACCCCACAAAGCAAGCCAAGAAAAAAAGCUACAAAAACUCUGGAAUGCUUUCAGUUACUUCUUGCAAGAUUGUGAAAGAACACACCUUUCUGGAAUAUAUCUUUGGUGGCAUGCAGAUCAACUUUACAGUAGGAAUUGACUUUACUGCUUCUAAUGGGAACCCAAUGCAGCCAACCUCACUGCACUACAUCAACCCAUAUCAACCCAAUGAGUACAUGCAAGCAAUAAAAGCUGUUGGAGAAGUUUGUCAGGACUAUGACACUGACAAGAUGUUCCCUGCUCUUGGGUUUGGGGCCAGAAUUCCACCUUCAGCACAAGUAUAUCAUGAGUUUGCAAUUAACUUCAAUGCUCAAAACCCAUUUUGUGCAGGUAUUGAUGGCGUGCUUCAGGCAUACACUAAUUGCAUCCGUCAUGUGCAACUGUAUGGGCCAACCAAUGUUUCACCUAUAAUCAACCAUGUAGCAAGAUUUGCUGCAGCUGCCCAGCAGGAAGAGUCAGCAAAAGGAGCUCAUGCCUACUUCAUCCUUCUCCUGCUGACAGACGGUGUACUGAGUGAUAUGGGGGAAACAAAAACGUCUAUUGUGAAAGCCUCCCAUCUUCCUAUGUCUCUCAUAAUUGUUGGGGUGGGCAAUGCAGACUUUGCUGCCAUGAAUGAGCUUGAUGGUGAUAAUGGUGUGCUCAAGGCUCCAUCUGGUGAACCUGUUAAGCGUGAUAUCGUCCAAUUUGUUCCCUUCAGGGAAUUCAAGCAGUGUUCAUCUGUAGAACUGGCUCGACAUGUUCUGGCAGAGGUACCCAAGCAAGUUGUAGAAUACUACAAGAUGCGUGGGAUGAAGCCUAAUCCCAAGAGAGAAGCUCCUCCCAAUCCUAGUGGACAAGGCAUACCCGCAGGUGGAGGGGCCCCACCCCAAGCCAGUCCAAUGCCACCUCAGGGGGGAGCACCACAGUUUCAGGGUCCUUACCCACAUUCUCAGGGUGGAGCAACAGCUAGCCAGCCAGGGGUACCACCACCUCAAUGGCAGUCUGCACCAUCUGGUCAACCAGGGGCACCACCACCUCAGUGGCAGUCUGCACCAUCUGGUCAAUCAGGAGCACCACCACCUCAGUGGCAGUCUGCACCAUCUGGUCAACCAGGAGCACCACCACCUCAGUGGCAGUCUGCACCAUCUGGUCAACCAGGGGCGCCACCACCUCAGUGGCAGUCAGGACCAUCUGGUCAACCAGGGGCACCACCACCUCAGUGGCAGUCUGCACCAUCUGGUCAACCAGGUGCGCCACCACCUCAGUGGCAGUCAGGACCAUCUGGUCAACCAGGGGCACCACCACCUCAGUGGCAGUCUGCACCAUCUGGUCAACCAGGAGCACCACCACCUCAGUGGCAGUCUGCACCAUCUGGUCAACCAGGGGCACCACCACCUCAGUGGCAGUCAGGACCAUCUGGUCAAUCAGGAGCACCACCACCUCAGUGGCAGUCUGCACCAUCUGGUCAACCAGGGCACCACCACCCCAGUGGCAGCCAGCCCCACCAAAAGCUCCCUAGACAUAAGCAUCGGGAAACUAAAAUCAUUAAAUUACUCUUAUAGGAAAUCACCAGACUAGACAAUCCUUUUUGCUGAUUAAAUGAAUGCAUUGUUCAUUUUGCAUUAUUUAGAAAUGAGAUUUGCUGCUGGAAGUGGAGUAUUCUUUGCCUAUACUAUUCAGUGGUAUACUGUUUCAAUAUUGGAAAAAAUGAACAAGGACUAGAACUUAAGGGUAAAAAAAAAGCAGAUCAGAAAGACAAGGAAUGUAGAUGAAGAUUCAAGCAGCCAACAUUUUGCUAAUAAAAAUAUCAUCUUUUCUGCAGUUCUAGCUGAUGUGAAAUUGCUUCAUUUCAAGGGUAAAAGGUUUGAAAACCGUCCCCUCAUUGUCAUCGAUGCACUUCAUUCUAAAGAAUUAAGAAGCAGGUCAGCUAGUACAAGGCCUAUAGAGUAUUUUGACCAUAUGCAUGUAGGUCAGAACCAACAUGGCACCUAUCCUGCUUUGAUCUUCAAAAAGUAGGACUCCCACAAGUUUGUAUAUGGGUUUAGUAUUAAGUUCAUGGUCAUUGUAAUAACCCUAAAGAGAUUUUUCUGGGGAGCAUGUGUUUCAGUCACUACUUCUCUUAACAUCUGUUGGUGUUUAUUAUCGUUGCUAUUGUAUUAAUAAAUAUAAUUAAAUUAAUGGUCAGUGUUACAUUAAUGCUUGAAUAAAAGACUGAACUAUGACAUAGAUAUUAUAGAUACUAGCCUUGUGGUGCAAGGUGCAAACGAAACUUACAUUAAGGUGCAUGCUUACAGUUUAAACAUUCAACUCAUUCAGAACAUCAGGUAGUGUAUAUUGAAUGUUAAUGCUUGCCUUUGCAUGGGCAACCCAUCUUGAUUAAAUAAAAAUCUUGAUUGGUUUUGUUAAGAUUAAAAUAUUUUUUAUGAAAUAUUUAUUCAAUAAGAGAACAUACUAAGCGGCUUUCAUGUACAUUUAUCACAAUUACCAAUUAUUGAUUCCCAAAUGCUUGUUUUUUUCACUUUUAAAGUAUUUCUAUUUAAUUCCUAAUAAGUAACUUGUGUACAGUCUAUAGUUAAAUGAAAGUCAUGGGUAAUGUAAGUAGGCAGGGGUUUACAUAUAUUUUGCUCGUGAAGGAAAGAUUUUAUAUCUGCAGUUUUCUUUUGUUCUGGAGUCAGAAAAUCAUGUUUUUAGAAAUUAUAUAUAUAUGUGAUGGCUUGAUUAUAAUUAAUUUUGACACAAAUGGUAGUGUGGGGGAGCUUUUACUCUCUUUCUCCCAACAAAAAAAUUUACACUCAUUAAUGCACAUUAUAUGCUUGUACAAUUCUAGCCUUAACAAACUAUUUUUUGCUCAUGAAUACAUUCAUUACAGUGUGGUAACUUUAUAAAAUCAAUGAACAAAUCAUAUAUUUUAAGUUUUUUUUUUAUAGUUCUGUGGAUUAUUUAUUAGGGCUCUUUCUUCUGAUAAUGAUGUGAAAGAGUUUUCACAAUUUAUAUUCAUAAACAUUCAAAUGAUGACUGAUAUAUUUUAUACACUUUUUUCCAUUCUGUUUAUUAAAAAUGUAUUUUCUAUGGUAAAUAUCUUUAUUGUUUUGUCAUAUAUGUUCAGCAGUAAAUAUAUACACCAUCUCUGGCAUUUAAAAAUUAAAAGCUUUAGAUAUUUGUUGUGACAUUUAGAUUCUUUUUCCUGCUUUUAUAUCUCCACAUGUUUCUUCAAAAAUCGGCCAAUGUGAUUUUACUCAUAGCUUCAUACCAGAUGUGAUUGCUAGGCCCUAUUCAUUAUUAUUUCAGUGACAUUACAAUAUAAAAGAUUCAAAGGAUACAGUUAUAAGAAUUACAAGUAACACUCGCUGCUUUGUCAGUUAGCAUUAUCUGAUCACGCCUUUCUGUCAACAUUACUUACGUAAUUCUGCAUGUCCAUUUCAAGACCCAAGAACAGUAUACAUUUUGUUUAUUCAAGUGAAUGAAGUCUUUAAGCUUUGAUGUUAGUAUAAAGAGAAUUAAUUUAUUAAUUGGCCACUAAUAUCAGCAAAGCAUUUUGAUGUGGACAAAAAACAGCCUUGCUAAAGAUCAGGUUUGUUUAAUUUAUACUUUGUUGGAUUUUUAUAUAUAAAGGUUAAAUAAAAGUAAAUGGUAUCUUUAUGUUUACUUUUAUAUGCAUAUUUAUGAAUGUAUGAAUAUGUGCAUUAUUAAGAUUGUUAUGCUGUUGAAUUAUUUGUUAUUAAAUGUCAUUCUUUGUUACUCACUACUGCCUUAAUGUUCUCAGAAGCUGAGAAAACCAAAAUUUUUUUUUUAUCUAAACAUUUGGCCAUUUAUUUGGCUUUGCUUGAUUUUGAAAGUAUUAGGAAGCUGAGCUCAUAAUUUAUUGAUCUUUUCUUGCUACAGCAAACAUCGCUAAAUUUUGCUUAUAAGAAGAAUCAGAUUUAUGCAAAAUACCUCAGGAUUCAUUUUAACAUCUGACCAGUCUUUUUCUUUUAACCUACAAUUUUCUUCGAUCGCUUAUAUGUAAUGAUCUUUAUUGUAUCUUGAGGAUAAUUUUUAAUUUUAAUUGUACUGUAGUCUCUCUUGCAUUUGUGAUUUUAUAAACUUGGUAAUUUUUUAUUCUAUGUAUUUCCUGUUAUGAACUACGUAAGCAUAAUCAUUAAUGCAUUUUAGGUCAAUAGGCGUAUUUUUUUUUUAACAUCAUACCAGUUUUGAGAAAUAAACUUUUAAUAUGUCUCUC